AUGACCAUUAUAUGUAUAUAUAGCCUACAUUCGGGUAAAGAAUUCUCUGGUAUACAUACGUCUAGCAUAUUUGUCAAGCCAGUAGCCCCACUAACGCCGCCCAAGCCUAUACCACUUAAGGCGAUGUCUCGCUCCUUUCAGCAGGAGGAUGAACCUAGUAGCUCGUUAGAAUGCUCAACAUUUUGCGGAAACGAUGGUUACUCCUAUUCAGCAUGGAAGGAUGAUGAUUCCCUGUGUUACUGCUCGAACAAUUAUCCACAAGAAUAUUACCUGUUAUCAGGGAGCGAUGCGGCUUGUGAUUCGCCCAGUAAUCUGAAUGUCAGAGUCACCCAAACAUCUUUUAUGAGUACGGGAUGCGUCGAUAGUGUCACAUAUGCAGAGGAUGGAUGGAAUGACUUUCUCGUGCUCAAUCCUAAAGAUUGCUUUAGGAAUUGUAAUGGUGCUUAUGGAGCUACAUACAUUGCGAAUUCCCAAAAUGGAUAUUAUACUUGCCAUUGUCAUUCGGAUGAUUUAGUAGCGACAGGUGACCCUGUGACCUGUUCUGCGUCCAGCUAUUUCUUAUUCUAUCAUUCGCAGGCUGCUCAAGCUUCAGGCUUGACUCGAAGAAGAAUACGGGAUUUCAGAGAGAUGCAGGCUAGAAGAUUACGGCGGGAGAUAGAGUAUUGUCCAUAUGGUCUGACAGCGUGCAAUAUGGAUGGACAUUCGGGCAACUAUGAGUGCCUCGAUACCAAUACCGAACUUGAAUCCUGCGGCGGGUGUCUUUACGGCCAAUAUAACAACCACACUUCAGUGGUUGGUGAAGAUUGUAUCACCAUCGGAGCUGCUCUGGGAGCCUCGUCAUGCAUCAACGGGAAAUGUGUAGCAUCAGCAUGCAAGAAAGGAUUGGCCCUGGUAGGCGGUAGAUGUCAAUAG